CACACAUGCUUUUUUCACAGGAUGUUCUGCUACAAGCGCUAAUACCGUGGCAUGGCGUGUACCAGGGUUUUCAGAGGACCAGUUCUCAUAUUUCGAGGACAGCAGUGUUUAGAUCUACGAAAUUCAUGCAAUCUCCGUAGAAUAAGUGGGUCAAAGGUUGCUCAUACCAACAGAGAUGACACAAGCGGUCGCAGUCCAUCACCGACUGAUGCCAAACAGCCAGAAGAUUCCAUCCAAACUACAACCAAACCGCCCUCCUCCCAUCAUGCACCUGCUACCACCCGAGGACCGAGGCGGAAGAAGGUUGGAGAGGCCGUGCAGGAGCGCAAGUUUUUCAGCCCAGAGUUCAUGCCCCCCAUGGGGCAGAGGAGCAAGUUGAAGGACUUUCUGGAGAGGGAAGAUUGUUACAAGAGACGAGAGGUCUUAGAUGUACCAGAGUUUUAUCUAGGAUCGAUCCUAGCUGUAACAGUUUCUGACCCUCAUGCUCCAGGGAAGGAAAAUCGCUUUGUCGGCAUUUGUAUCGAGAGGAAAAACUACGGACUUGGUGCCAGUUUUAAGCUACGGAAUUGUAUCGAUGAACAAGGUAUUGAGAUCAACUAUGAACUCUACAACCCCCUCAUCAAAAAGAUUGAGGUGAUCAGACUUGAGAAGAGGCUAGACCGCCACCUCCUCUACCUCCGAGACGCCUUGCCUGAGUAUAGCACCAUAGAUCCUGACAUGACGACAAUCAAACAUCCCCCUGGAAGGCCAGUGCCUGUCAAUGAUGUGAAGGUAAAGAUGAAGCCGAAGCCUUGGCACAUGCGAUGGGAGCGCUUCGGCUUCCAGGGCAUCGUCAUGACGGAGGUGCUGUCGGAGGAGAAGAUCGAGGAGGGCAAGACGUGGGAGCGGCCGGAAUACAAGAAGAUGGACCUCAUCAACCUAUACAAAUCAAGCUCCCAUGGCAACGAGGAGAGGGCCAGGAUCGCUGAGGAGUUUGAGAAACACGUGCAAGGUCUGAGGAGGAGGGUGAAGAAGAAGUCAAGUGCUGGCUCGUAGCGGGAUCGCCAGGGGGACAGGGGGGUGUUUCGCAAAGAUCCCAAGUUGAUUUAUCUCUAAUCUCUUAUCUCUAAGUUGGACUUAACAGUUAU